GCCGGCCCAGCGGCUCGCGCCACGCCGCAGUGCGCCGCGCCAUGAGGGUGCAGCUGGAGCGGUGCUGCGGGGAGUGGCGGGAGCUGGACGAGGAGUUCCGGCAGCUGCAGGAAACACACAAAGUUUACAGGCAGAAACUGGAGGAAGUUACCAGCUUGCAGACAGCCUGCAGCAGCUCCAUACACCGGCAGAAGAAGACAUUAAGGGACCUGAAGCACAACCUGCAAAGGUGCAAGCCCAGAGCUACUCCUGAAGAAUUUGCUCUUAUAGAGCAGAUCAGCACCCAGAUCAAAGAGAGGCAAAAUGCCUUCUUUGACAUGGAAGCCUACUUGCCAAAGAAAAACGGUUUGUACUUAAAUCUGGUGCUGGGAAACGUGAAUGUAACCCUCCUGAGUAACCAAGCAAAGUUCGCCUACAAAGAUGAGUAUGAGAAGUUCAAACUUUAUCUCACAAUUAUCUUGUUACUUGGGGCCGUAGCCUGCAGAUUUAUUCUUCACUACAGGGUGACAGAUGAAGUGUUCAACUUUCUGUUAGUGUGGUAUUACUGCACGCUGACGAUACGGGAAAGCAUUCUCAUUAGCAAUGGAUCAAGGAUCAAAGGCUGGUGGGUGUCUCAUCACUAUGUCUCCACGUUCCUGUCUGGAGUAAUGUUAACGUGGCCAGAUGGACUCAUGUAUCAAAUGUUUCGCAGUCAAUUUUUAGCAUUUUCAAUAUUUCAGAGUUGUGUUCAGUUCCUACAGUAUUAUUAUCAAAGGGGCUGCCUGUAUAGGCUCCGUGCUUUGGGGGAGAGAAACCACCUGGACCUUACAGUAGAGGGAUUUCAGUCCUGGAUGUGGCGGGGACUGACUUUUCUCCUUCCCUUCUUGUUCUGUGGACAUUUCUGGCAGCUAUAUAAUGCAAUCACGCUUUUUGGGUUGUCCAGGCAUAAGGAGUGCAAGGAAUGGCAGGUUUGUGUGCUGGCUUUCACAUUUCUGCUGCUCUUCCUUGGGAACUUCCUCACUACUCUCAAAGUGGUGCACACUAAGCUGCAGAAGAACAAAGACAAAAUGAAGAAACUGUGAACCCUCCAGGGGGUGCUGGGUGCCAACAUUGGAGCUCGCUGUCCCUGUGCGCACAGCAGGCGCUUGGCGUUGGACGGAGCCUCCUUAAUUGCUGCUGCAUUGCGAACGGACUUUGAAGAACUCAUCUGUCCUGUGUUUGCUGAAGGAUGUGGACUCUUCCAGCACAGACUCAGCAUAUUAUGCAAGCAUGGCUCUCCAGUUUACAGUCCUGCUAUUUAUGUAUAUUUAAUACCAAACGUGUUUGCAUUGGGUUUUUCUGUAUAUUUAGCAGCAUGCACCUGCUCGGCAAGAAGCCAGCAUUGAGAGAAUGUGGGAUCUACUGUAAUUCCAGUCCUGGAAUGAUAUUUAACACUUUCCAGUUUUAUUAUUUAAACUCUAGUAUGGAAUUUUGCAAAGCUUUAUGAACACUCCAGGUUGAUCAGUAAUACGGACUGAAUGCUGUUUUUAAAAAGCAUUUGUUUCAGGCAUUUUCAGUGGCAAUACUAAUCUGUGUGUACUGUGGAAAAAUGCCCAUCUUUGUACCAUACUGCUGCUAUAUACACUUCCAAGAAGCUAUUUAAAGAAAUCUUCUUAAAAACAAGCAAGCAAAACCAGUUGUUAAAUGGCAGGGAAUUCUGCUAGCCCUCUUUGAGAGGGAUCAGGUAAUCUGUCCAAGCCUGGAAAAAAAAUAAACCAUACAAUAUGCA